AAAACAUAAAUCUAACGAAUGUGGAAUCGGACAGUCGAAAGCAGCGCUUGUUUCUCCUCCUCACUCGCUCUCCGUGAACGCAGAUUUAGAUCUGGGGGAGAAAGGGCGAGUGGGCGAUACAAAUCUGGGGGACAGAUAAGAUAAGAUUGAUCGAACAGCAAUCAACUGGUGCUCAACCAGCAAGCAGAGUCGAGAUGAUCCAAUCUCUCGUGACCUUGAAGCUGCUGCCAGGGUUGAAUCCCGCGACGAAAGCCACCUCGGGAAGAGGCUGGCCGACCCGUGAUAUCGUGGAAAGAGGAGGCGGUGGGAUCGGAACGAGAAGGCGAUGUGCGAAUGUUAGGGAGGCGAAAGCAACCUCAUCGUCGCUUCCUACCCCUCCGGAUGGGGAUCGGGAUCGGGAUCGGGAUGGCAAGGAGGAGGGCGAGGAGGGGGCUUCUUCCGCCGCCGCUUCGUUCCUGUUUAGGAGCCAGACGUAUGCUUUGCUCAAGCAACAGAUGGCGGUCGCGGCCAAGUUCGAGGACUACAAAGAGGCUGCUAGAAUCAGGGAUUCCUUGAAAUUCUUUGAGGAGGAGGAGCCAGCAUUGCACCUUCGCAAGUUGUUGAGGAAGGCAAUUGAAGAGGAGAGAUUUGAGGAUGCAGCCAAAUACAGGGAUGAGUUAAAGAUUAUAGCACCACAUUCCCUCCUCAAAUGUUCGAGUGAUGCUACUACUCUGGGUAUUCGAGUGCAAGUCAGGAGUGUUUAUAUCGAGAGCCGGAGCCAUCCGUCCAAGUGGCAAUACUUUUUUGCCUACAGAAUACGAAUCAGUAAUAAUUCACAGCAUCCUGUUCAGCUUCUAAGAAGGCAUUGGAUCAUCACCGAUGCUAAUGGUCGAACCGAGAAUGUUUGGGGAGCAGGUGUAAUCGGUGAACAACCUGUUAUACAUCCUAGGACUGGAUUUGAGUAUUCUUCUGCUUGUCCAUUAAGCACCCCUAGUGGAAGAAUGGAAGGUGACUUUGAAAUGAAGCGCAUUGAUAAGGUGGGUUCACCAACCUUUAAUGUAGCAAUUGCCCCAUUCUCUCUGUCCAUAAUGGGGGAUGACAAUGAUGGGCUCCUCUAAGACCAAGCAGAACAGAGCAUGAAGCUUCGUAAAUAAAUUGAUUUGCUUCUGGGCGUGGAUUAGAAGCAGUGGCAGAAGGUUAAUCAAUGAUGUUGUAUAAUAAUAGCUGAGGUGUGUAAUAUUAAGACAAUCGGUACAAGGUGAGUGUGAUAUGUCUCAAGUUCAAGUUUACGUGUAAGCGUCAUGUACCUCAUUUAAUAUAAUAUAUUUUUUUUA